GCAAAAGAAGACGGCGGUGGUUGUUUUACUCGAGCGAAUUCUCUGAUUUUCGCGAACCGAUUGGAAUUCGUGUCCCCGUCGCAUAAAUCGCGACGAUUAACUUAGCCGUCCAUUUUCCUAACCUCCAAAACACUCGGAUUCUCGACAUCAACAUCGAUAUUUUCCCUUUAAAAAUCGUCUUAAAUCUCUUUCUCUCGAUCUCGCUCUCUCUUCCUCUCUCCCGCACUUCCAUCCAUCUAUCUUCUCUAUCCUGCGUACUUCGUUCUUCGUUAUUUUCAUUCCCUAUGUUUUUUUCUAUUGCCUUUAAACUCUAUCCUUCUCUCUCUCUCUCUCUCUCUCUCUUUCUCUCUCUCUCUCUCUCUCCCUCCCCUCCGCUUCUUUCCUCUUUCCCUCCCGCGCCGUGUCUUUCUGACGUAUUGAAAAGUAUCCCUUGUCCUACUGUGUGAAGAACGUGACCGUUGUCAACACGCGACAUUUAAAGAACACAGACGAGCAUUGUGCGACGUAUCGCUCCGCGGGAGUCCAACUUUUGUGGUGCCGAAACUGCCAAGUAGCAGGGAUCCCGACGUGUCGCGUAGACGGCGAUAAUUUCUGCGCGCGACGAUCGGAGUGCGGUGACGAGUUCGCGGUGGCCACGGCUCAGCUUCCUGUGCCGAGCAAAACAGGCAAAAUUCCGACGAUUUACGGUCUAUGAGCGCCAAGAGUCAGGGGGACCCUGGAGAAGAUCACGUUUCCAGGUGUCACGAGAGUUGGUUGCGUCCUUUAGCGUCCGCCCCGUAAAAGAGAAAAAAAUAAAAUAAAAGGAAAAAAAUUAGAAAGAAGGAAACGCUUGCUUUUUUCGCGGGGAGUAGCGUGUCGUCGCGUGUUUGACAGCGAAUUGUUCCGAGAGUUUAUGUGAUCGAGAAACAAACGCUCGGUUCUCCGAACAUCUCCGAUUCGUACGCGUGUUAAAAUCGAUACGAUCGGCGGAUCGAGAUGUUCUCAUGAAACAUUGUGGAGGUUCUUUGCCGCCUUCUGUCUUUUCUCUCGCAAUUCCUUGGCACGAUCUCCCUAUUUCUCCUUUUCCCGCUCCGCUACUCCGUCUCUCUCAUAAACACUCGUUCCUACAAAAGAUUUGUUUACAGCAACGUACUUUACUUUCGUCAUGUGAGAUCGCGAAAUCGGUAGGAGCUGAGAGCCCUUGCAGCGACAUGAAGCGCGCAGCUGCAAAGAAGCUCAUCGAACGUUACUUUUAUCAACUUACGGAUGGAUGUGGAAAUCCUCAUUGUGACAAUCAGCAUUGUGCCUCCAGUGGCAAAGUAACUAAUCUUACUCCAAAUCAAGCAGCCGCACAAGCGAUACAAUUAUUCUCGCAAGAAGCAAGACUGUGCGAUGGUACACAACCCAGUAAAGUUGCUCGAACUACUAUAGAGCCUGGACAAACGUCAUUAGCUAAGAGUCUACCUGUAAAAAGUGUUAAUUCUACAAGCUCUGAUGAAGGAAAACAAGAGUCAUAUCUUACGGAAGUUAAGCUUCUGGAUAUUAUAGAAAAAUGUAAAGCAGAAGAUUCAUAUUCUUUAUUAAUUCGUACUUUGGGAGAAGUGUUUUCUUCUGGAAAAGCAUUAAGUCUCAGUUUUCAAAAAACUGAGAAAAAUAAUUCUCCUUUGACGGCACUUCUUGAACGAGCACCAGACAGUUUGUUAAGGCCACCCGCAGAUUUGAAUAAAGAAGCGGUACGAUCUUUACAGGGAGAAGAUAAAGAAGAAGAUAGCAGUGAUCCAUCACCUACAGUUCCUAAUAAUGACGAUACUAGUGUUGACUUACCAUCGGUUCGUAGAGCUUUUGAAGCACUUUGGUCUCUGCCAGGUGAGGUAUUUGAAUCAGCUCUCGUCAAUGCGCUAGUCACUUUAGCGGAUGACAUAGAAUUAGAUCUGAGAGUAUUUCGUAUGGUACGUUGGGACAGCAUGGAUAGUUUGUUAAAUGUAUUUCUCAUUGUUUUUGAAAUUCCAAUGCUUGGAAAUAGCGAAUAUUUGGAAUUGGCUCUGCAUAUGCUGUGUAAAGCGUUGAGCUGUGUGCCGGUAUUGGCCCAAGCCAAGUUAGCACGCGUAUGGGCCAAACAUUGCAAAUCGCGACUUCCAAGCCUUCUGCAAGCACUUCAAGAACUCAUAACUGUCAAGGUAAUUGGAGGAUCUUUCACACGUGAUUAUUGCGUGCAAGAUGCAGACACUAUUACCGCGCCUACGAAAGUUAUGAAAAUUCUAUAUUAUGCAAGUAUGUUGGCUGGUGAAUUAGAUCCUCCUGAGUUAAUUUUGAGCGACGAAAGUGAACCGGCUAGUAGCGAUAAAAAUGCUUCACGAUCAGCAAUAUCAGGACAGAUCCCUCAGGAUCUAUUAGCGACAGAAUUAGGAAUUACUGCACUGGAUGCACGUAAACCUUUCAUACCAUUUACUGAUUUUUACAAUGAGCCACUUAGCGAUGCCAUAGAGAUGGACAAAGAUUUCGCUUAUUACAAAAGCGAAGAGCCACAGAAAUUUAGCUUUAUGAAUUAUGCUUUUAUUCUUACGCCGGCUACUAAAACUUUGGGCUUGUAUUAUGAUAAUCGUAUCAGAAUGUAUAGCGAACGACGUAUGAGCUUUUUGCAAACCGUUGUCGGGCAACCAACUAAUCCAUAUCUCAGAUUAAAGGUACGAAGAGAUCAUUUAAUAGAUGACGCAUUGGUGGAAUUGGAAAUGGUGGCGAUGGAAAAUCCAUCCGAUUUAAAAAAGCAAUUAGUUGUCGAAUUCGAGGGAGAACAAGGUGUUGACGAAGGAGGUGUAUCUAAAGAAUUCUUUCAAUUAGUUGUUGAAGAGAUAUUUAAUCCUGAUUUUGGCAUGUUUACCACUCAGGAAGAUACACAAAUGACAUGGUUUAAUCCAACAUCAUUUGAGAGUGACGCACAGUUUACAUUAAUAGGCAUCGUUAUUGGUUUAGCAAUUUAUAACAAUGUAAUUCUGGAUGUACGUUUUCCAAUGGUAGUCUAUAGAAAAUUAUUAGGCAGGAAAGGCGGUUUUCCGGAUUUGGAGGAUUGGAGUCCGACAUUGUAUCGAACAAUGAAAGAAUUAAUAGAGUAUACGAGAGAUGACAUGUCGGAGACAUUUAUGCAAACUUUCCGAGUGAGUUACAGAGACGUGUUUGGAUCGUUAUCGUUCCAUGAGCUCAAAGAGAAUGGUGAUGAAUUGUAUGUUACGCAGGAAAACAAAAAGGAAUUUGUUGAUCUCUAUGCGGAUUUCUUGCUUAACAAAUCCGUGGAGAGACAAUUCAACGCUUUCAGACGUGGCUUCCAAAUGGUUUCAGACGAGAGUCCGCUCGCAUUACUCUUCAGACCUGAAGAGAUUGAGCAGCUCGUUUGUGGAAGCAAAAUAUUUGAUUUUGCUGAGCUGGAAGCAGCUACGGAGUACGAAGGUGGCUAUACCGUGGAUAGCAAAGCGGUACGUAACUUUUGGCGUGUAGCGCAUUCCUUACCACCAGAAAGUCAACGAAGACUUCUUCAAUUCACUACGGGUAGCGAUCGAGUACCUGUCGGCGGUCUUUCGAGACUGAAGAUGGUCAUUGCCCGACAUGGUCCUGAUUCUGACAGAUUACCAAUAGCACACACAUGCUUCAAUGUGUUACUGUUACCAGAUUACAGUACAAUAGAAAAAUUGCAAGAUCGCUUAUUGAAAGCAAUCAAUUAUUCAAAAGGUUUUGGCAUGUUAUGAACAUGCUUCAUCACUUCUCUUUCUUCCACCGUCUUUCGAAUGAUAUUCGAAGUACACAAUAAGACUCAAUUACUUUUGUCAUUUUAUUCUUAGCUAUUUUAUUCGGAAAUAUUUAUUAUAAUAAUAAUCCAAAACCGUGCCAGUGCGCUUAAUCAUGGAAACGUUGCUUAUGUGCAAUAUGAAUCAUCAAAAGGCUCCUAACGUUCUGAAAAUUCCAACGAAUCAAAUAUCGAAUCCUUUGUAUAAAACAUAUGUUCUUGAAAAAAUGCUUUGAAACUUGCAAUACUGCAAGAAUCGCUUGUACCAUACUGUGUACUUUUUCUACUGAAAUAUAGAUAACAAAGACCGAUUUUGUUGGCCAUUCCGAAAUGAUUGAGGGAAGAAGUGCAAGAGACAUUUCAAAACACACGAUUACAAUGAGUGUAAAAACCGAAUGGAACUGCAUUAUAGAAAUAAAUAUAUAACUUUAGUAAAACAUAGUCGACAUAAACAGGAUGCGUUUCAGGAACUCAAUGGUUGCAAUUAUUAUGUGAUUUUAC